AUGCAAUAUUUUUUACUCUCUUAUUCCAAAAUCAACGACUUCCAAACAUGGAUGCCAACUACCGUCGUCGAGGUGAACGAUGACACCACCGUCUUUGGCUGCCUGACACCGAGUAAUGUAGUGCGUCGAAGUUGCCGCAGGCUUGUGACGCACCCACGCAUGCAGAUUGUAUGGUUCAUGCUCGUGUGCCUCAGCACUGGCAUGACCUCGGCAAUUCAGCCGCGUUAUGACAUGGGCGGUGCGACCUACACGACCCUGUUUGCGAUUGAGGUGGUCUGUGUGGCUUUUUUCUGGCUGCGCAUGCUCGCUGAGAUUGUCGCGAGCGGAUUUUUUGAGGGCGAGCACUCCUUCCUCCGCAGUCUGUGGAACUGGAUUGAGCUGGCUGUGAAUGUGUUUGCCAUCUUGCAGGUCAUUCCCCCGACGUUUCACAUUCGCUGGAUGCGCGCGUUUGCGGCGGCGCGGCCGCUGCGCUUCUUCGUGUUCGUGCCGUGGUGGAAGCCGCUUCUCAUCCCGCUGGCCCGCGGCUUUCCGCUCAUCUGCGACAUUUUCUUUGUGUACGUCCUCUGCACCUUCGCGUUCGCCCUCAUCGGUGUCUUUGCGAUCGGCGGCGAGCUCUAUCAGCGCUGCUUCAUCACCCACGUGAGCAACGCGGCAGCGAACGAUGUGUACGGUGGGCUGCCGCUUCCCUUUAUCCUGCGCAACGUGACGAAUGCGUGCGGGGUCGGGUUUGCGUGUCCAAGCCUUGGCCCGGGAGUAACGGUGGAGUGUCUCUCGGACCCAGCCCACUACCGCAAUCGCCUCUUCACCUAUCAGAGCGUCGGCGCCGCUAUUCUACGCAUGAUGAAGGUGACGUCAAUGGAUAUGUGGCACGAGGAGCUGGACGAUGUCAUGCACGUGAAAGGCUCCGCGGCGGCGCUCUACCUGGUGACGGUGGUGGCCGUGUCGCAGUUCCUGCUGGUGGUGGCCAUGACGGUCGUGUACAACGCCUACGCCCACCUCGACUCGUGGUUCAUGCGGUCUGCCGCGGCGACGGCGGCGGGUGAGGAUCGGCAGCGGAAGGACUGCGGCGUGCAGAGCAUGCCACCGUGGCAAAACCAACGGCAGCUGCCGCGCUCAACCCGCGUGUACGGCGGCCCCUACUCGGGCGACGAUGCGGAGGCCGACGAGUAUGAGCGGAGUGAGGAAUACACCAUGACGAUGAGCGGCAGUGGUGCUCCUGCGCUGACGGCGUACUCGACCGAGCAGGGAACCACGACGGCGAACCGUCGCUACGCCCGCGACUUCUUCCGCAGCGUCCACGUUCGCGGCUUCUGGGCCGGGCUGCGCGGUCUCGAGCAGACAACGACGCCCGGUCGCGGCACAGAGCCUCUCGUGGGAUGGGCCGCCACCCUCGUCGACUCGCUGCCCUCCGUGGUCUUCAUGAUGGUGCUUUCCAUAGGCAAUCUUGUUCUAUUGGCCGUCGUGUCCAUCUACAUCACCGGUACGCACGCACGUGACAUCCGCCGGGCCUCCUCCGCCAUGGCGAUUUACUUUCUUGUUCCUUUUCUGCUGAAGCUGAUCGGUUUUGGUGUCACCCGCACGCUGAUGGACGUGUGGAACUACACCGACGUCUUUGGGGCUGUCACCGGCAUCUUGGAGCUCGCUGCCCCGUACGUGUUCCACUACCGUGUGGUGGGCAUCCUACGCGUGCUGCGCUACGUCCACGCUGGCAAGUACUUCUUCUCCUUGCGGCAGUACCGCUACCAGCUGUGGUGCCUGCUGAGCUUGGUGCUGCUCGGGACGGCCAUCCUGCUUCUCUACGCGAUUGUCGGCAUGCAGCUGUUCAGCGGCGCGUACGUCGCCAGUGCUGACGGCCUCGUGAGGAACGGCGACUUCACCACACUGUGGACGGCGCUGCUGGCCUGCUUUCGCGCCUUCACGGGUGACGUCUGGACGCGGUAUUUGACGGCAGUCAGCCGCAACUCCUCCGUUGCCACCGGCUCGCUCUUCUUUGUUUCCCUCGAGGCCAUCUCGGUGCUGCUGCUGUUUGGGUUGGAAAACGCCAUUUUGUUCCGCGGCUUCCGCGACGCUGCGCGCGACGAGGAUCUGCUGAAUUUCAAAGACUUCCCACCUCUACUACUGCUGCCGCCAGCGCAAGAAGGCGGCGCCUCGGCGGAGGUGGCGAACGGGCGUGUUGUUGGCGGAGUUCACAAAGGCCAAACCGUUGACGGGCGUCUUGGCGAGGUGUUGCGGCGGCGGCAGCGGCUGCGCGAUACGAACGUGUUCGGCAUCGGCGCCGCGAAGCCACUCCGCGUUCGGCACGACGCCUUCUUUCUCAUCAGCCCUUUCAGCCCGCUGCGACGACUGCUGCUGCGCUUCUUCGGCUCCUUCUUGUACCUCGUCCUGAGCACCCUCUGCGUCUUGCUGGGUUUCGUGGCUCUCUUCUUUGAGCGCCGGUACUUGACAGCGCGGCGAGAACGCGUAAUGCGGGAUAUCAACAUCGUCUACGCGGUGGUCUUCUGCGUCGAAAUGAUUCUGAAGUGGAUCGCGUACGGCGUGUUCUCCCCGGGCACUGACCGCAACGACGGCAGCGGCGGCAACGAGGGCAGCGCACGGACGAUGCCGGCCUACUUCAGAGAGCCGCUGAACUGGAUCGAUGUGGUGGCCAACGGUACGGCGCUGGCUGGCAUCGCCUACGCCCCGCUGCGGGUGGGUCGUGUCCUUCGCACUGUACGUCUCUGCACCACCCAGGAGCGGCCCAACAAGACGUUUCUCACGUUGGUGACGUCGCUGCGGUACGUGGCCAAGACUGCGCCGCUGAUUCUUUUCCUGUACGUUGGCUUUGCUGUGGCCGGGAUGCAGAUCUUUGCUGGCGGGCUGCACCGCUGCAGCGACCCGAACGUAACGAGCGAGACGGGGUGCCGCGGAGUUUACAACGUCAGUGUCGACACCUACACCAACACGACCCUCGUCGAGCACGAGCGUGUGUGGGAGCGGGCGGCCUUUCAUUACGACGCCUUCGGACCUGCACUGCUCUCCGUCUUUGCCUUCACCACCGUCAACCACUACGGGCACAUCAUGGACGACGCGAUGGCCAUCGUGAGCAACCACAGCGCUAUGUCGUACAACCACGCCGGCUACUUUGUGCUGUUUUUUAUUUUGGCGCUGCUGAUGAUCCGCUUUUAUGCGCUGCGGUGCGUGGCGGCUGUGCUGGCGGCGAAACUGCGGCGGCCGACAAUGGAGUCGAUGGGCACGGCUCUGCUGACGCCGCCUCAGACCCGGCUUGUGGUGUCGCGGCAGAACAUCGCGUACAUGCUGUACCUCAACUUCUACCUCACUCCCUUGCCUUUUCGGUUGUCGCGCUGGUGCCACCGCGUGCUGACGACGUGCCCAGUGAACGGGUCUGAUCCUCUUUUCUACGCCGCGCUCAAUGUCGUGGUGCUUAUCGCUUGCGGCUUUCUGGCUGCCGCCCACGUUUUCCAGCCGCCGUGGCAAGAGAAGAUGCUGCUCGCGAUGGUGUGCGUUGGUGUGGCGGCGUGCGGCGUGGAGCUUCUGCUGAGCGUCGUUGCCUACGGGGUGGUGCACCUUUCGAAGGUGUCUCGGCUACUGGACGUGGUGCUCUUCGCCCUCAUGGUGGUCGGCGUCUCUUCGCCCACGCUUCGUUUCUUUCGUGUGGCGCUGCUUGUGAAGCUGAUCAAGACCUCCAACAUCGGGAUGCAGCUGCUUCCAGCGGUGCGCCACGCCAAGCUUCUCGGCAGCGCCUUUGCCGUGUACCUGCUCGCGCUGCUCACUUACGCGGUAGUGGGCACCCUCGUCUUUGGCGAUGUCGCGCCGCACGGCCGCUACCUGACGGAGAAGCGCAACUUCAGCACUGUCAUCGGCUCCUUGCUCGUGUUGUUUGACUGCAGCACGCUGGAUCAGUGGCACCUCGUCAUGUUCGCCUGCUUUACGGGGGCGCCGUGCCGCAGCGACCCGUCCGCGACCUGCGGCCACACGCACGCCGCCGUCCCUUUCUUUGUGUCCUUUGUGGUUGUCGUCAACAUCCUCGCCGUGCAGCUCGUCUUUGCGGCCAUGAUGAACGCCUUCAUGGUUCCCCUCUACGUGGAUGUCAUCGAGCCCUUACUGCAGGUGCGCCGGGCGUGGCUACGGUACGCCGGUGCGGAGCAGCUGAAGUGCGACUUCGACACAUUCCUUCGUUUCCUGCCGCACCUUCCGCCGAGCCUGACGGACGGACUCACCAACGAGAAAGGCAACGAGUCCAGCAUGAUCGCCUUUCUCUCCUCGCUGCGCCUCCCGCUGGAUGAUCAUCUGCGCCUCCGCUACGACGACCUGCUCCGCGGGCUGGCCUACCGCAAAUACAAAGUCGACCUCAUGCGCUCCGGCACGGAAGCAUACCGGCGUGCCGCGUUGCUCUCCCUUGCGGCCGGCGAGCACUACGGCCAGCUGCUGCGGCAGCGCUACUGCGAUGAAAUCACGCAGCUCGCCCAGACCAAGGUGGACGCGGUUCACUUGAACGACGUCGACAGUUCGCUGGUCGUGGCGCCGGAAGGCGUUGCCGAGCACGAGGCUUUCCAGGCCCACCACGACGACUACACCGUUCCGAAGGGCGCCUUUCCCAUUCCGGCGUCCAACGUGUUUCUUUACACCUUUCCGGGGGAGAGCGACGAGAAGGGGGUCGCCGCGCCACCGCCUCCGCCAUGA